GCGGCAGCAGCAGCAGCAGCAGCAGCAGGAGGAGGAGGAGGAGGCCGGCUGGGCAGGAGGGCCCCCACCAUGGACUGCUACACGGCCAACUGGGACCCGCUGGGGGAGGCGGCCUAUUACCGGAAGCUUGAUCUGUACAGCAUGGGCUGGAAACUGAAGGAGGACCUGCGGGACUGCUUGGUUGCUGCCGCCCCCUACGGUGGCCCCAUCGCUUUACUGAAAACCAGGAAAGAGAAAUCGCCCAGUUCACGGCCACUUCUUGAAAUUUAUUCUGCCUCUGGGGUCCUCCUGGCCAGCUGCCUGUGGAAGAACUCCGCGGUGGUGCAGCUGGGCUGGACGGCCAGCGAGGACUUGCUCUGCAUCCAGGAGGAUGGCUCGGUCCUCGUCUACACCCUCUUCUGCGAGUUCAAGCGCUGCUUCAGCUUGGGCAACGAGGUGCUGCAGAACCACGUCCUGGAGGCCAAGGUGUUCCACACCGAGUGCGGCACGGGCCUGGCCGUCCUGACGGGGGCACACCGCUUCACCAUGGUCAUGAACACGGCUGACCUGAAGAUCCGCAGGCUGCCCGAAGUGCCAGGUCUUCAGAAACCGCCAUCCUGCUGGACGGUCCUGAGCCAGGACAGAGUGGGCGUCAUCCUCCUGGCUGUGGGGCCAGACCUCUACCUUCUGGACAGCACCGCUUGCUCCCCAGUGACCCUGCCUGGACUGAGUCCGCUUCCUGGCUCCUGCCUGCAGAUGGCGGUGUCUUUCAACUACCGCUACCUGGCCCUCUUCACCGAAACCGGCUAUGUCUGGAUGGGGAGGUCCCACUUGAAGGAAAAGCUGGGGGAGUUCAGCUGUGAGUUUCGCACACCACCCAAGCAGAUGGCCUGGUGCACCCGGCCCCGGAGCAAGCAGCGCGCCCUGGUGCUGGCGUGGGAGCGGCGCCUCCUCGUGGCUGGGGACGGCGACCAGAGCAUUCAGUACCCUCUGGAUGAGGAUUCGUACCUUGUGCCCGAGCUGGACGGCGUGCGGAUCUUCUCCCGUUCCAGCCACGAAUUCCUUCAUGAGAUCCCAGAGGCCAGCCAGGAGAUCUUCAAGAUCGCCUCCAUGGCCCCCGGGGCUUUGCUGCUGGAGGCGCAGAAGGAGUAUGAGAAAGAGAGCCAGAAAGCCGAUGAGUACCUGCGUGAGAUCAAGGACCAGAAGCUCCUUCCGGAGGCCGUGGAGCAGUGCAUCGCAGCCGCCAGUCACGAGCACGAGCCCCAAAUCCAGAAGGCUCUUCUCCGGGCGGCCUCCUUUGGGAAAUGCUUCAUCGACAAAUUCUCCCCCGAGGGCUUUGUGGACACCUGCAGGAAGCUCCGGGUGCUCAACGCCAUCCGCGACUACCAGAUUGCGAUCCCCCUCACCUUCGACCAGUACCGACAGCUGACCACACAAGUCUUGCUGGACAGGUUGGUUCUGCGGAGGCUGUACCCCAUCGCCAUCAAGAUCUCCGAGUACCUGCGCCUCUCCGAGUUCCAGGGUAUCAGCAGGAUCUUGGCCCACUGGGCCUGUUACAAGGUACAGCAGAAGGACAAGUCCGAUGAGGAAGUGGCCCAAGCCAUCAACCAGAAGCUGGGCGACACGCCGGGCAUCUCUUACUCGGAGAUCGCUGCCCGGGCGUACGACUGCGGCCGGCCGGAGCUGGCCAUCAAGGUGCGAGGGGAGCAGGGCAGAGGCCUGCGGCUCGGCCGCCCCGUGGCCUGGAGCGGGGCGCAGCUCCUUGGCUGGGGCCAGAUCUCCCCUGGGGGAAGCGGUGGGCAGGGGUGGAGGCGCACAGGCAGGACCAGCAGUGCCGGCACGUCAAGCUCUCACUGCCACUCCGUGAGCUCUGGCGGAAGGGGGAGAGGCAUGAAAGGGGGGCACCGACCACGGUGCAUGGCUGGGGAAAGGGGUCGGGGCCCGGAAGGGGAUGCCGGGGUCCCGGGGAGGCGGGUUUGGCCCAGCUGCCCGAAGUGCUGCACCCCGGUUUGGCUCUGGGUGGUGGGUGGCCUCACUUCUUGCCAGGGGUCUCAGAGGACAACACGUCCCUCCCUCCCAGUUGCACCAGAGCAGACCCGCCCCGUGCUGCACCCAGGUCAACUUCUCCCGCGUAGGUUCGGCACCGUGGAAGCCAGUGUGGCCUCUCGGCUGCGUGUGAGCCCGAUGGUGCCUCUGGCACAAGGCGGGCCCCCGGGUCGUGGCCGCGAGGGCAUUCACGGCCGCUGCAGAGGGCGCUGCACUGUGCUUGCUUGCUUGCUUGCUUGCUUGCAGCUGCUGGAGUACGAGCCCCGGUCGGGCGAGCAGGUCCCCCUGCUGCUGAAGAUGAAGAGGAGCCAGCUGGCCUUGAGCAAGGCGAUCGAGAGUGGAGACACCGACCUGGUUUAUACGGUCGUCCUGCACCUGAAGAACGAGCUCAACCGCGGGGCCUUCUUCAUGACCUUGCAGAUCCAGCCGGUGGCCUUGGGUCUCUACCGCCAGUUCUGCAAGCACCAGGAGCUGGACACACUCAAAGACCUCUACAACCAAGACGACGAUCAUCAGGAGCUGGGCAACUUCCACGUUCGCUCCAGCUACGUCACCGAGAAGAAGAUCGAGGGCCGUGUGUCCAGCCUGCAGAACGCUGUCGAUGAGUAUUACAAGGCCAAGAACGAGUUUGCGGCCAAGGCCACCGAAGACCAGAUCAAGCUGCUCCGUGUGCAGCGCCGCCUGCAAGACGACGUGGACAAGCCGUACCUGGACCUCUCCCUCCACGACACCGUCUACAACCUCAUCCUGGAGGGGAACCACAAGCGAGCCGAGCAGCUGUACCGGGACUUCAAAAUCCCCGACAAACGCUUCUGGUGGCUGAAGAUCAGCGCCCUGGCUGAGACGGGAAACUGGGAGGAGCUGGAGAAGUUCUCCAAAUUGAAGAAGUCUCCCAUUGGAUACCUGCCUUUUGUUGAGAUCGCCAUGAAGCACCACAACCGCCACGAGGCCAAGAAGUUUGCCACCCGCGUGGCCCCAGAACAGAGGGUGAAGGCCUUCCUCUUGGUGGGGGACCUGUCCCAGGCUGCUGACGCCGCCAUCGAGCGCAAAAGCGAGAGCGAGAUGAAUCUCAUCCUGUCCAAGUGCACGGACGCCACGGUCACCGCCAAGCUCAACCACGCCAAGGCGCAGAUUGGGAAGAAAUGAUCUCUCCCACUUCCCCGGCCUCGCAGCCCCUCCUCACAGCACUGCAGCCUUGCCCAGGGCAGGACCUUGUGCGAAGGGGCAGGCCAGCUGCAGCGAGAGCUCAGGCGCUCCACAAGGAGGUAGUCCAUGGUGCGGAAAGGGCCCAGGAAAAGAGUCGGCCCUCUUUUCCCUCCACAGCCCCGAUCUGAUGUGUGUGUGCUUGUGCUGAGCAGUUUUUGCUAGAAUCAGAAAUCGGCAGCCCGUCCCUCCAUUGCUUCCUCUUCAGCCUUCCGCGUUUUCUGCCCAUUUGCUCUUCCUCCGGUGCCUUCAAGACCACCCGCAGGGACCACACAUGUCCCGGUGCCCCUCUAAUCUUUCCCACUUGUAGGUCAACAGCAUCCAGCCCUUUUCUCUCCACCCUGCUGGACUGGGGAGCACAGGUUUGAAGCUGCCUCCCCUCCUCACUGCUGGUUCCUUUUGGCCACAUCCCUGCUACACCGCAUCACCCCCGAAGCAAGAAACUGGAGCCCCCUUCUGGAGUGACGGUUCGUGCCUGAAAGAGGCCGAGGUGUGCCCGGGGUGCAUGUGACAGAAAUCUUAGGGUGGGCCCGUGAGUGCAUCUCCGGCGUACCUGCACCCGGAGCCUACCGACCCCGCCACACAUUUGCAGAGUCCGAAGAGUUUGUGGAAGAGAAUAAAACUGCUCCUACCCUGA